AUGGGUGGGUGUAUGAGCUCCAAUAGCGAGGAGGCGGAACAGAAGAAGAAGAGCCAAGCCAUCGACAAGGUUCUGGAAGAGGACUCUAAGCGAUUACGGAAAGAAUGCAAGAUUCUGCUGCUCGGCUCCGGCGAGAGUGGCAAGUCCACGAUUGUCAAGCAAAUGAAGAUCAUCCACCUCAAGGGCUAUUCCGAGGAUGAGCUGUACAACUACAGGCCCACGGUGUUUAAGAACCUGGUUGAAUGCGCCAAAGCUGUUAUCACGGCGAUGCAGCAAUUCGACAUCGAGCCACAGCUGGAGGCAAACAAGCAACACAUAGAGUUCCUGCUGGAUUACCAAGCUGAGUCUGGCCCGCAAGCGCACAUCGACCCUCAAGUCGGCACUGCCGUCCAGUCGCUAUGGUCGGACCCGGCCAAGGACCAGUUGAUGGAGCAUCAGACCGAGUUUUACCUCAUGGACUCGGCUGAAUACUUCUUCCAGGAGGUGAUGCGCAUCGUCGCGCCCGACUAUCUCCCCAACGAGAUGGAUGUCCUGCGAGCUCGUACCAAGACCACUGGAAUCUACGAAACUCGUUUUCAGAUGGGCCAGCUCAGCAUACACAUGUUCGAUGUUGGCGGUCAACGGAGCGAACGUAAGAAGUGGAUCCACUGCUUCGAGAACGUGACGUCGAUUAUCUUUUGCGUCGCGCUCAGCGAGUACGAUCAAGUUCUGCUCGAAGAGAGCAGUCAAAACCGAAUGAUGGAGAGUUUGCUAUUGUUUGACUCGGUGGUCAACUCGCGAUGGUUCAUGCGGACUAGCAUCAUCCUGUUCCUCAACAAGGUCGACAUUUUCAAGCAAAAGCUUACUCGAUCGCCGCUCGGCAACUACUUUCCCGACUAUUCAGGAGGCAACGACGUCAACAAGGCGGCAAAGUAUCUGCUGUGGCGCUUCAACCAGGUGAACCGGGCACACCUGAACCUGUAUCCUCACCUGACGCAAGCAACGGAUACCUCGAAUAUCAGACUCGUGUUCGCAGCUGUUAAGGAGACUAUACUGAACAACGCGCUCAAAGACUCGGGAAUACUGUGA